AAACAGCAUACAGUUAUCUCCUGUAUAUAGCUACAGUGGAUAGUGUAAGACAAUAGGCAGAAAUAUCGCUGUCCAACAUGAUUCCAAUGGUUAUGUUCAGGGUGACAUUAGUCUUAAUGGUUAUAUUGACUGAACUGUAUGCAAAAGAAACCACACAGGAUUUCAUCAGUAAAUACAAUAAAUACAACGCCGUCUGUCGAGGAAUGGGAUACGAAACAAAGCGUUGCAAAGGAAGAGAUCAUGGAAUCGUUGCUUUCCAUGCCCGAACUUCGUCCGCUCUUCAAAAUCUCGGUAGCCAGGCUGUAGUUAUAUUUGGGAAAACAACUCUAAACUCUGGAUCCGCCUAUAACGGUAACACAGGAAUAUUCACAGCACCAACAGAUGGCAUCUACUCCUUCACAUGGACUAUUUUUACGAAGAUUGGGUCAUAUUUCAAUACAGAAAUUGUCAUCAAUGGAAAUACGGUUGGUUACAAUCAUGUUGACGGUUAAUUUCACAGUUCCCAGUACGCGUCUUCCUCAGCAACAUCAGUGAUUAGAAUGAAGACGAAGGACAAGGUCUGGAUAAGGACACAUGCCGGGGAAGGAAAAUAUGCAUAAAAGGACUGGUCGUCGUUCUCUGGGUAUCAAUUGUAAAUAAAAAAUGUUUGGUAAAAAUAAAGGAAUAAAAUAUAUCUU